AUGACGGAAACACAGAGUCUAGACUCGCAGCGAAGCGGCCUCGCACAGUUGCGUAGCCUGUGUAUCCAGAUCGUCCAGACAGAGACUAAAAUUUUAAUCGACCUCGGACUAUUGGAGUGGUUCUAUAAGACUCUUGCCUCGUAUCGUCAGCCAAGAACCCCGAAACGAUUAGAUGGAGGAAAGACAUUCACGCGCAAGUCGCCUGCAACAGAGCGUACUUCGGAACAAGCUUCAAAAGCCGUCAUUAAGUCACGUUACUACAAGCUGGCACUGUACUGUCAGAUCGAGAACAUUAAGAAGGGAUUGCAACUUUGCGGAAAGUCCACCCUAGGCGUCUCGUUCUCAACCAUGGCCCUAAGAGAAUGGACCAAGCGAGCAGGAGAUUCCGAGCUAAGAGAACAUACUGUUAAAUCAUGGAGAAAGCAAGGAGAGAAGUGGAAGAUACUCUAUGACAGGUUUACUCUAGGUAUACUCGAAGCGUCUCAUAAAGCUCUUAAUGCUUGGUAUGCUAGCACUAGCGAUCCCGGCACCGACUACCUAGGGGUCGUUUUAAACUUCUGUCCAAGCUUACGGAGUAAGUGCCUCACCCUGUCCCAACGAGCUCAGACUCGCAUGAAACAAUACUCGUUUGAAAAACUCCUUAACGAGUCACUUCUCGAAAAGCAUGGAAUAGAGGCGAGAAAUCGCGUACCUGUGGGCUCUGAAGCACGAAACCUCAAACAACUGUAUGAAACGCGCAGAAUUGGUGCUUCUGUCGAGGAGGACUCCUAG